AUGACUCAUUAUUGGCAACAUCAAUUGAUGAGAGCGGAUGCUUCGAGACUCGCCUCUGCACCUCACCAUCGAGCGAGAUCAGCCGCUCAAGUAUCCAGAUCCAAUAACAAAUCUUCAACAGUGACCAUAUCUGACCCUAACAACCGACCUCCCUCCGCCGCUUCCAACAUCACCAAUGGAUUUCAUAAGAAGAAUGCUUUGUCCAUGGCUUCCACUGCGGAUCGGAUGCGUUCACCUCCACCCCCAAGUGAGAGCUCAAUGACGGCGACGGUGGACAACGCCGACCCGGCUACUCCAGCUCAGCCUCCUGCACCGACGAAAGAGGAGGAUCAAGCUCCAGAACCUUGGACAGGAUUGGAUCUUGGUGGAAUACGUCUGAAAACCUUAUCGAAAUCUUUAUUCUCAUUCUCUCACAUCACCGCCUUAUAUAUCAAUCACAAUGCCAUCACUGUGCUUCCUCCUGCCAUCUCAAACCUUCGUUCACUCACCAUCCUCGACGCCACUUCGAACGAGCUCACCACCCUUCCUCCGGAACUGGGUGUAUUGUGCAAGCUCAAAGAUCUUUUGCUUUUCGAUAAUCACCUUACGACCCUACCGUUCGAACUUGGGUCCUUGUAUCAGCUGGAAACGCUCGGUAUCGAUGGUAACCCAAUGAAAGACCAAUUUCGGAAGUUGUUGGCAGAAGAAGGCACAACGGGGUUGAUUGAAUUUUUACGCGAUACAUGCCCACUGCCUCCCGCUCCACCGGAACGACUGUGGAUACCUGUCGAAGAUGAUAUAGCAGAAAUCGGUACAGGGAAACAGGAAACGUUCACCGUGUUAUCAUACAACAUCUUGUGUCAUCACUUCGCUCCUGGAUCUUCAUACUCCUACACUCCGGCAUGGGCGCUCGACUGGGGUUUCCGGAAACAAACCAUAUUGGCAGAGAUUGUGAACGCUGCUGCGGAUGUGGUCUGUUUGCAAGAAUGUGACCACGAACAAUUUUCCGACUUUUUCCUACCUGAGCUUCAGCAACAUGGCUACGAAGGUUCACACUUUUCACGUUCUCGUGCACGAACCAUGGCGGCUGAAGAAGCCAAGCAGGUGGACGGAUGUGCGACAUUUUGGAAAAAUUCCACAUUCUCUCUGAUCGAAACGCAAGUGGUAGAGUUUAAUCAGGUAGCUUUACAAAAACACGACAUGCGUACGGAUGACAUGUUCAACCGAGUCAUGUCAAGAGAUAACAUUGCCAAUGUCACCGAAUUAGAAUUCCGUGCUUCUGGAGCAAGACUUUUAGUUGCAAACUCUCAUAUUUACUGGGAUCAUCGAUACAGGGAUGUCAAAUUAGUACAAGUCGGUAUGUUAUUGGAAGAAUUGGAAAAGAUUGUCGAACGUUUUUCAAGAUUACCUGCCAAACUCGAAGUUGAUCUUGAAUAUAAUAAUGGUAAACCGCACAAAUACGAUACGAGAGAAAAAGGGAGAGAUAUACCUCUCAUACUUUGCACAGAUCUCAAUUCUUUGGCAGGUUCGGCAGUAUACGAUUUCUUAACUACCGGAACCAUCCCACCUGACCACGAAGAUUUCAUGUCGAGGUUAUAUGGUCAAUAUACGAAUAAAGGACUACGACAUAGGUUGGGAUUGAGGAGUUCAUGUGCUAGUUUUGGAGAAAUGAGAAUGACAAAUUAUACACCUACUUUUGACGCUGCUAUUGAUUACAUCUUUUAUUCUCAGAGGAGUUUGAAAGUUACUAGUGUUUUGGGUGAUGUGGAUAGAGGUUAUUUGGAUAAAGUCGUUGGGUUUCCUAAUGCUCAUUUCCCAUCUGACCAUAUCCCCGUCUUCGCCCAAUUCCGCGUCAGAGGCAAGGCCGACCCCGAGGCUUAGACCUUUUUCCAUUAUCAACACAAAUCGGAUUCAGAAUCUUGUGACACCUCCCUCUAACCCCCUCCCACUGACUCACCACUACCUUCAGCAGCCAUACAUGUCUGAUCUCAUCCCCUCCCCCCUUCCUGCUCAGUAUAUCCCACAUAACCCCCAUCUUGUCUCAGUUCACCCACCUCUACCCAAGCCGAUCUACCCGUUUCAUAUCCACUCCUCAGUCCCUUCCCCUUUCCCAUUCUCACCUUAUCCCCGCACCAAAUCCAGAUAGGAAAACCUGCGUCGUCCACCCCAAAUCCCAACACAAUACAAACCCAAACCCAGAAUCAACAUCUCAAUAUCACAAUAAGAAUCAUCAACACUUUUCUUUUCGCGAUAUCGCACCGGAGGGGAGAGAUACCCCUGUGGAAGUAGGAGAAUAAAUGUACGAAGUCGGUGUAACAUUCAUUCGGUUCCCAAUCACUUUUCCCCAAGUCGCUCUUAUGGAUCACAAAUCAGAUGAAUUAGUAGAUGAAAAAAAGAAGUUGGUGGGAGGUUUAGAAGAUGAGGAGAUGAGGAGAUAGAAUCAAAUUGAUAGUGAUAGGUAGUAGUAGUAGUAGUAGUGUUUGUGAUCUUUUUCUCACCUUUUUCCGUUUGACUUGUGUGCAGUAGUUGGAAUGAAACAAAUUAUCCCCCCUU